AUGGAUUGGCUACAGAUUACGGACAAUUAUGCGCCGGCACGCAUGUUGUUCAUCGCCACCUCUGUGAUACUCCCCAUCUUGCUUUUCCUCGUUCUCUUUCGCAAUACCGGCAGUUCGUCUGUCGUCAAGUCCUUACCUCCUCUCCCAGCCAUUGACGAGAUUGUACGCCUGCGUGUCUACCCAGUGAAGUCAUGCCGUGGGUUCGAUGUCAAGUCAACUCAGCUUCUACGAACGGGCCUGGAUCUAGAUCGUAAUUGGAUGUUUGUUACUGCGGUGAAGAACGAGUUCAUUACUAUCAGGACAAAUUCAAAGAUGACUCUUAUUCGUACGGCUUGGGACAUCGACACCGACACUCUCACAAUUUCUUUGAAUGAACAUAAAAUUGAGAUACCCGCUCAUCCUACGACCCAAUGGCUCGAGAACAACACUGAAUUGAAGAAGGCAGGUAUCUGGGGCGAGCAAACUGAUGCUUGGGAGUAUUCGGCCAGCCUGACCAAACCUAUCUCGGAGUUCCUAAAUAUGGACAUUCGCUUGGUGUAUAAUGGCCCUACGCCUCGAAUUUUGCGUGGCAGCGGAGCUCCUCACCGUCUUGGCCGCACUGAGGCCACCAACUUUGCCGAUAUGAUGCCUGUCCUGGUUGCUUCUAUGGCGAGUAUGAAUGAGCUCAACGACCGCCUCGCUCAGGCUGGGGAGGAUAAUAUCGACAUUGAGCGCUUCCGGCCAAACGUUGUCAUCCGCGGAAGCACGCCUUGGAUCGAGGACGGGUGGAAGACUUUGCAAAUCGGUGAGGGCGAGCACCGCCUCGACCUCGAUGUGGUGUGUCGCUGCCUUCGAUGCCAGGUUCCCAAUGUCGACCCAGUCACUGCCGAUAAACAUCCACGCCAGCCUUGGAACCAACUGAUGAAGUACCGAAGGAUCGAUGCCGGUCUCAAGUUCAAGCCAAGCUUCGGCAUGCUCUGCGCGCCAAGUGUCGAAGGACAUAUUGAAGUUGGAAUGAAGUUCCAGGUUACGGCUAUGACGAAUGAUCACUUCUUUAUCAGCCCGAUGAAGUAG